AUGCAGCACGGCCUGUUGUUCUGCUGUCUGACACUGGUGGAAGGAGAUGCGGCAUCCAGACCUCCCCUUAUCCAAGUGCCAGGUAUCACGGCUGGAUUCUCCCUGCUGCUGGGCAUCCUAGACUUCCUGGGUCAGCUGCCAAAAAACAUCACCAAGAGUUCACCAAAGUUCCUGGAGCUGUAUAACUACCUGUGUCAUGCCGCCCCCUUCGGUUCACCUCUGGACGUUGACCCCUUCACUGUGACCUCAGUACUGCUGGACAGACCUGACCCUGCACCCAAGGUCAAGCAACCUGCCUGGAAGCCCAAGCUCUUCAAGGGGAAGCCUCAGAUCUACUUUGCCAUCACAGAACACAUCAAGGCCGUUCAGUAUGACAAGAAGGGCCAGCCAGAUGCCUACAUGGUGUACGGCACAGUCACAUGCAAGACGGAGCUAGAAGGGGUGAUGCCAGACGUUACGGUGAACCUGUCGUUGCCGGCCCCACCCCUGGGGAAACCCCUGGAGAACAUCCUGGUGCACCCCUGUGUGCAGAGCACUGACACACAGAUCCUGAACAACUGUGCGAGCUCUGCGCAGCACCAGACGGCCACGAUGGGCCCGUACAAGCUGCGCUUCACGCCGCCCCUCCACAUGAUCACGCUGUGCCACUACACCUCACAGGUCCGCGAGCUGCCCAUCAGGGGGUACUACCAGAUGAGGGGAGAGGGGAACAAGGUGAAGCUCCUCGUGCAACUCAAGCUGGGCUCCAAGGUCAAGAACCACUUCGAGUUCUGUGAGCUUCAGAUCCCGUUCUACAACAGGGGCCCGAUCCAGACGUACAAAACAACUCCCUCUGUGGGCUCCACUGUUCUGUCAGCGGACAGGAGGAUCCUGGCAUGGAACAUUGGUCAGAAGUUCCCCACCAAGUCGCUGGAGGUCCAGAUGAACGCGACGGUGACGUUUGCAGACAACAUGGCCACGCCUCCGCACAGCCUGCUGCAGGAGGACCCCUUCUGUACCGGCCUCAACUCCUACGCUCAGCUGUACUUCCGAGUGAGCGACUACACGCAGAGCGGCUGUUACAUCGACCAGCGCUCCAUCCAGGUCCACCCCAGCACCAAGCACAAGUCCAUCAUCACAAAGGAGUUCACGUCUUCUGAGUACAAGAUCUGGAACUCCCACGGGGAUGCGCAGGUGGUCCACACACCACCUCCCACCAACGAGGGGUGACUCGCCGCCGCUGUCUAAAGACCCCUGGACACCAGUACUAGUGUCUACAGGAAAGUACAUCUGUGUUGGUAGGGCCUAGCAAAAACAAUUGUUGUGUUUCUGGUUACUGUCUUAAAAACUGUAAUUCUUCAGCAUUCACCAUUUUCAACAUUGUAAAGAUACAAAAGAAACAUUGUCAAAAAACAAUGUACAUUUACGUCAAGUAUGUUGUUAAUUGAAGAAAGGGGUACAAUGUUUACUAUGUCUGUACACAUUUCUUACAUCAACUGUUCAAAGCAUUGAACAGGGUGUGAAAUACAGGAAGUUUGUUUGGAACUUUGUGACCAAGAUGUUUGAUUGAAAAUUGUAUACCAUUUGCUAGCAACUGACCAAAAAAUGCAGAAUUUGCUUGGGUUGGUCAGGUAACUUGAAACACAGCAUUUUUUUCCUAGGCCUUGAAUUUCUUUAAGUUUAAGUACUAAAGCAAUAAGUUGCUUCAUCGUUGUACAUGUAUGUUUCAUUCAUGUUUGAUUUGUUGUUGGUAUUUCUGUUACUUAAAAAGGAGUCCAGCUUAUCUGACACAGUAACGUAUUGAUGAUAAUAAUAAUGAAUGUCAAGAAGCUUGUCAGUGACUAUAGGAUGUUGAUUAUUGUGCUUCAGAUAUGUAUUUAUUGUAUUUAUUGAUUAGUGUUUGAUCGUUUUAUUGACGGAUUGGUUUAUUGAUAAGAGUCUGCAGACGUUCAAGCUUUACCCAGCAAUACAAACUGUUUGAAAGUACAAUGUAGUCGGGAGGGGGGGUGUUUACCGUCCUUGCUAGGCACUAGAUGUGUCCAAAGUAGGGGUGGGUACCGGUACAAAACUAUUUUUUUUUUUGUUGGACCGGUUCAGAAAAAAUGGACCUGAAAAAAUCAGUGGACCAGAUCUUGGACAGAUUAAAAAAUGAACAGAUUAUAUCAGCAGGCGUUCUCGCAUUUUGUGGCCCAAGGAAAUAACAAGAGCGAAGUAAAGGGGAGUUUUCGGUCGUUUACCAAGUUUCUACAGUCAAACAUGAAGUGUUUGUACAGUCUUUACAUGAAGAUAGGAUAUUAAAAAGGUAAAUAGAAGUCACUAAACAGAAUCCUUUGAAGGGAAAUGGACCAUUUUUUUGUGUAUCGCUCAUUCACAGACAAUCAGGUUCAGGUCUGGAACCCUGAUCUUCUGGACCUGGGCUGUACAGUACCUGGACCUGAAUUUCCUGUCCCGGUACCCACCCCUAGUCCACAGUGAAUAUUUUUUUCUCUUGAUAAGGUAGGCCAUGUUGUUUCGAUUAUAUGGAUCAUCCUCUGGGAACCCCAAAUUGAUGAAAGCGUGAAAAUAAAAUAAAACUUGCGCCCCCCCCCAUCCCCCCAAAAAGUUGCCUUCAUUAUGAAAUCUAAGUGGUCAGGAAUGUUGGACAAAAUGAUGACUUUAAAUGAAUAAAAUCACAGAGUAUGAUAUACCAAAUAAAAGAGCCUUGAUUGUCGUUCACAUAUUCUUCAUUGACCUUAGAAUUGACUUUGUCAUUGUAUGAUAUUAGUAUCCGUAUGAAAUUUUUGCAAUCUACGGCAUAUAUUUGCUCAUUUUACAGGAGCUUUUUACGAUAUACAGUACAAUUGAAAACUUUGGGGGGGGGGGGAUGCCAAUAAUCGAUGCCCGUGCAGAUCCAUACAAUCAAAUCAACAUUGGCCUCAUGAUGUGCUGAAGAGAAUGGUCCUCAGAACUGCAUUUUCAAGUUCAACUACCAGGGGUGGUGAUGUCUGCAGAUGCUUGAAGAGUGUGGCAGUAUUACAUGUAGGAGCAGUCUGAUCAUGAACUUAAAACAUUGAUGAUUGAUAAUAAGUUAUCUGUAACCAAUUGUGCCAAAACUGAUCGAGUUUAAGAGAAUCAAACACACCUAUUGUUGUUGUUGUUGUUGUUGUGAAAUAUGCCAAAUAGUACACUAGAGCGACCAACAGAAUGAAUAUAGGUGGAGAAGUAACAUUGGUGGAGUCAGAUUUUGGAUUAAUACACAUUUAGAUAUUGUAUCAGAUAUUAAGAAUCUUUAGAAACCAUGAAAGUUGGACACAUAUCAUGGCAAGAUUGUAGAUGUCUUAAAAAAACAUACUCUUUCAGUUCAUUCAAUAGAUGUAAUAAUUAAAGAAGGACUGAUUUGGCUUCAGGGCAGACGUCACAGUAACUGUUAUGUUGUGCAGUAUAGGACACAAAAUAUACGAUUAUAAUGCCACCUAAACCCUUAUCAUCCUCCACCGACCUUUCUGUGGGCGUUGGCGUAAGUUUGUUUGCAGGGGGCUGGGGGUGGCAUUCGUCAUUUUGAACACAUGGCAGCCAGGUUUUUGCUCCGGGAAGGUUAUUAUGCCAGGAAAAAAAUAUAUGCCGGGUAGCAUUUACCUUUCCGGUACAAAACUGGCCGCAAUUUUUUUAAAAAUGAACUCACAAGGUACCAAAUGCAACUCUGCCGACUCGGCCAUUGCAUCUGCAGCCCUGGUGAUAAAGACCAUAAAAAAGUAGGGUUGCUCUGAAAUGGGUAUGAAAAAGUAAUAGAGUGUCGUCCAUGCAGUGCAAGAUCAUUUUUAUUCUAAAUGUUUGGAGGAUAUUCUGUCAAUGUACUUUUCUGCCAUAGUUAGAAGUUGUUAAAAUGUGUAUUGAUGAAAGUAGUUUGUGACUGUAAGUGUUUCCAUCAUGUUGAUGUCGAUUCUGAUUGUAAAGAUUCAUUUGAGUGCAACGACUACAUGUACAUGUAUUUCUGUUACCAGUAUGUGUUCAUGAUGCAAACAUUGUGCAAUAGCUUAGUAAUACCUUUACGUUGCCAUUCCUAUGGAUGAUAAGGACACCCCGGUUUAAUUUGUUGGUGCUCGGAUUUUUUAAAAAAUAUGCUUGCCUGGAAAAAAAACGUAUUAAUGAAAACAAAACCUGAGUGCCUUGCAAUUGGUACACUCAGUAGGGGAUUUCCGGACCUAAAACGGACCUGAAAAAAUCAGUGGACUAGAUUUUGGACCAAAUCGAAAAUGAACAGAUCAUGAUUAUGGAGUUUGGGCACUUCCCGACCGUCCAAAAAAAAA